AUGAAGAUCGAAGUUGAUUCCUUUUCAGGUUCUAAAAUUUACCCAGGUAGAGGUACUUUGUUUGUCAGAGGUGACUCCAAAGUUUUCAGAUUCCAAUCAUCAAAAUCUGCCUCCCUUUUCCACCAAAGAAAGAACCCAAGAAGAAUUUCAUGGACUGUUUUGUACAGAAGACACCACAAGAAGGGUAUUUCUGAAGAAACCUCAAAAAAGAGAACCAGAAAGACUGUCAAGCACCAAAGAGCCAUUGUUGGUGCUUCAUUGGAAUUGAUUAAGGAAAGAAGAAGCCAAAAGCCAUCUGAAAGAAAAGCUGCUAGAGACUCUAAAUUGGCCAAGGACAAGGAAGCUAAGAAGGCUGCCAAGGCUGCCAGAAAAGCUGAAAAGGCUAAAGCCGCUGCUGCUGGUAACCCAGUCGUCUCUAAGCAAAGUGCUAAAGGUUCAUUCCAAAAAGUCAAGGCUACUUCCCGUUAA